AUGGGAGAUCUGGACGCGACCAACCCCGUCGAAGUAAAGACCAACAACGAAGGUGGUAUUCAGUUUUCCAAAUUUGAUCGUUGUUUCUGGUAUCUCAGCUACGCGUUUGAAUUCACAACUGGAAUCAUUUUCUUCGCAUUUCUCUGCAUAGUUUCCCCGAGUUCUUGCCAGUUAAUGAAAUAUCAGUUUACACUUGCUCUUAUUGAUUGUUUCCUGCAAAUUCUGACCGUCAAUACUAUCUAUAAAGGACCUCAAUCUAUGCGGAUAAUAAUUUCGAUAAUUCAAAUGCUCUGGAAAAUUUAUUGCUUCGUUACAUUUCCAAUUUUCAUGACGAUUGUAUCAAUGCCCUUGGAAUACUGCAACGGAAUAACCAACAUGUGUUUCCCAAGUUUUACUGAUGGCGUUUCGUUAACCAAAAUAUUUGCUGGCCUGCUAUCUCAAGGAUUCUUUUCCAUUCAUCUGUUUGUAGAAUAUGUGAGAUUCUACAUUCUUAUCAAAUCCGACUCAGAAUUCAAAGGAAAAGAUAAGAUUCAGCCAAUCGGCCAGAUUGAAGCUACAUAUCAGGUUUAUCAGACAUUCUUCGGAUAUGAUGACCUACCAUUGCUUGGAACCUACAUGCUUGAAUCAAUAAUCACAAUGUUUGUUGUUAUAAUUGUCGGAGAUUUCAUUCCGCCUAACUACGAAUUUAUGCAAAAUCAAAUGGUUAUCAUGUUGAUGUUAAGUUUAUUGAACAACUGCAAUGUCAUUAAAAUUGUGGCAAAAAAAUUUCGAUGGAUUACUGUUUCUUUCAUGUACUUUCACAUUAUUUGGAAGUUCUAUUGCUUCUUAACAAUCCCAUUUUUCUUGGUAAUUGUCACAGACCCUCGCGAGAAUUGCAGUGAAGAAAUACAUGGAUGUGUCGAACUUUUUGGUGGUGAUGCUUUUUUAACAAAGAUGCUCGUUGGAAUGACAGCACAAUUGGUACUUGGUGGUAAUUUAUUGGUGGAGAUCAAACGUUUCUCAUUGAGCACCUUCAAACCUGAGAAGAGAGAAAUAUCAAACAUCGUUUCCCUUUGUACUCCUCAGAGAGCUACGCAGAUUGUCUAA